AUGCCGAAGAAGUCAAUCAAAGCGCGAAGCAAAGCCAAGCUGUGGUGCGUUGGGAAGACCACUCCUCCAGUUUACAGCACUGCACCCGCUAGAGACCGUGACCGAGUCUCAACAGGUGACCAGCUUGAUGAUCCGCCCCAGUACAACCUUAGGGAGGUUCUUGAAAAGCCAACUUCGACCCGCAGCCAACUGGAGUGUCGUAUCGUCAAGCUCUGGAAAAAGGUCUGGCUGGGCCUGUAUCAGAUUGACGAUAACGAAGAUCGAUACCAUAUUCACCGCAUUGAAGCACUCUAUCUCGGUGCUGGUAUGACCCGCGCAUACCGAAUAGGCGAGCUCGAAGUUCUCAGACGUUAUUUCCUUCGAAACGAAACCAACAAUGGUAUCGCUUCGCUGAAGCUCUUCCCGGAUCUUCAUCUUUCGACUCUUUUGUCCGUGGUCCAGAUAUUGGAGGCUUAUGAGAGUGAGAUUGAGAAAAUGAAAUUGAUCUACACCAUUUUACAGAGUGGUCAGUUGGCAUUGCAUCAAAGUGGUGACAUUGCGCAGGUAGCUGCUGUCGAAUCUGAGUACCUGACAAUCGCAGAGCCGAUGGAGAAGAGGAUUAGACAGUACGAUGCGCGGAUGGACGUAUUAAAUAUGGAAAUCUGCGAUGAAGCCAUGGGUUUCUACGAUCGGCCAAAGGGAGAGCAUGUCUACUACAAGGCGUUCCCAUGUAUGUGGUGA